UUUUUUUUUUUUUUUUUUGAGAUGGAGUCUGGCACUGUGGCCCAGGCUGGAGUGCAGGGGCGCCAUCUUGGCUCACUGCAAGCUCCGCCUCCCGGGUUCCCGCCAUUCUCCUGCCUCAGCCUCCCGAGUAGCUGGGACCACAGGCGCCGCCAUCACGCCCGGAUAAUUUUUGUGUAUUUUUAGUAAAGACGGGGUUUCACCGUGUUAGCCAGGAUGGUCUCGAUCUCCUGACCUCGUGAUCUGCCCGCCUCGGCCUCCCAAAGUGCUGGGAUGACAGGCGUGAGCCACCGCGCCCGGCCAUCUCACGUCCAUUCUAUAUGGUUGUGCAGAUUGGUGACUACACACACUUGCCCAGCUAAGGUGUGAUUUGUGGCUGAGAUACAUACCAAACCAUGUAUCUUAGUGUGGGAUUACCUCCACCUGAAAGAAGCAGCACUUUUUUUCUAGUUUGCAUGAAUUUACAAUAUCUCACUAAGCCAUGGGGAUCCUGGAUGUGUAUGCCUCUAAUUUUCUUAAAGGCAUCCUAUAAACAAAGGCCCCGAUGAUUUCCUGCUUAUUUAUCUGUCUUUACCCACUGUGUCUCUAUUCAGCCCUCUAACAGAAGCAAUGAGUUGUACUGGUGAAAGAACUAAUCAAUUACACAUCAGCUUCUUGGGUGUGCAGACAGUAUCUUAGCCUUUGUAGUUUCUGAGGCCAAAGACAAUUCAUAAACGUUUCCAUACUGGAGAUGUGGAAUACUUGAUCAGGGGUGGUAUAAUACAGGCUUAGGGGUCAAGGGUAAUUCGCUCAGCCUGGUCUUGUCAUUUUCUAUUAUUCUUGGGAAUUUGAUCUAUGUAUGAACAAACUUUUGGAAACCUAAAUGCCUCAAAAGUUUUGACUCAAUGUUGACUGAAAACAGUAAGUUUCAGAUUCUUGGACAUUGAAGGUCAUGUAACAUAAACCAAUAUGGAAUGUCUUAUCUAGAAAGAUAAGUAUCCAAAUGCCUUUGAUUAUCUCUAAGUCUUUUUUUUUUCAAUUUAUAUAUACCCAAGGAUAAGAUUUUCUUGAACUAUGAAAACUUCAAAUUUUGCAGGACUGUAGACUUUACAUGUCUACUAUUCUGCUUGAAAUUAUGUUUUUCACUUAAUUUUCUCUUUCCGAACUUUUGCUCUUAACUACAUUUCUUUUUCAGUCAUACCAGUGUUGUUCCUAAUUAGAAAUUUAAAUUACAUCUGGUGCAGUUUGUACACACCAGGGGAUAUUGUUAUGUAAUACUUUUAGCCAGCCAAGAUAUUUUUGAUAACUUCAACAUAACAUUUUUUUCAGAGUACUUAUUGAUAAAAAGUUAUCAAAAUUGUGCAAGAAUGUACACACAAGAUGCAGUUGUGUAACUCGAGAGACCUCGCAAGGGAAACUUUUUUUUUUUUUUUUUUUUGAGACGGAGUCUCGCUCUGUCGCCCAGGCGGGAGUGCAGUGGCGCAAUCUCUGCUCACUGCAAGCUCCGCCUCCCGGGUUCACGCCAUUCUCCUGCCUCAGCCUCCCAAGUAGCUGGGACUACAGGCGCGUGCCAUCACGCCCGGCUAAUUUUUUUGUAUUUUAAGUAGAGACGGGGUUUCACUGUGUUAGCCAGGAUGGUCUCAGUCUCCUGACCUCGUGAUCCGCCCGCCUCGGCCUCCCAAAGUGCUGGGAUUACAGGCGUGAGCCACCGCGCCCGGCUAGGAAAACAUUUCUUUUCUUUUUCUUUUUUUUUUUUUUUUUUGAGACAGAGUUUCGCUGUUAUCGGCCAGGCUGGAGCGCAGUGGCAUGAUCUCAGCUCACUGCAACCUCUGCCCCCUGGGUUCAAGCGAUUCUCCUGCCUAAGCCUCCCGAGUAGCUGGGAUUACAGGUGUGCGCUAUCACACCCGGCUAAUUUUUGUAUUUUUAGUAGAGACAGGGUUUUACCAUGUUGGCCAGGCUGGUCUUGAACUCCUGACCUCAAGUGAUCCACCCGCCUCAGCCUCCCAAAGUGCUGAGAUUACAGGCAUGAGCCACCGCGCUUGGCCAAACAUUUCUUGAAUAUCUUUUUAUUUUAUGUUUCUUAUGGUGCAGAAAAACAUUUUAUCUUGUCUGUUCUUUCAUAUAUUCUCCCUCAGUAUAUCUCAUGGAUGUGCGCUGUUGGAAAGUGAAAACAAUCUUACAAAUUGAGAUAUUUCAUUAAAUUUCAAUGAGGUACCUGUAGGCUACACACAUUGGCCAUAGAUUGAAGUCCUAUUCCUAAGAUGGAAGAUUCUAGUAUGAUGUCAGACUUAAAAACUUAACCAGAUUAGGACAAGUGCAUAUACCUUGAUAGCACCAAAUAUAAACCGGAGAAAUGAGAUACAAAGAAUUGCGGAACAGGAGCUGGCCAACCUGGAGAAGUGGAAGGAGCAGAACAGAGCUAAACCAGUUCACCUGGUGCCCAGACGGCUAGGUGGAAGCCAGUCAGAAACUGAAGUCAGACAGAAACAACAACUCCAGCUGAUGCAAUCUAAAUACCAGCAAAAGCUAAAAAGAGAAGAAUCUGUAAGAAUCAAGAAGGAAGCUGAAGAAGCUGAACUCCAAAAAAUGAAGGCAAUUCAGAGAGAGAAGAGCAAUAAACUGGAGGAGAAAAAAAGACUUCAAGAAAAUCUUAGAAGAGAAGCAUUUAGAGAGCAUCAGCAAUACAAAACUGCUGAGUUCUUGAGCAAACUGAACACAGAAUUGCCAGACAGAAGUGCCUGUCAAAGUGCUGUUUGUGGCCCACAAUCCUCAACAUGGGCCAGAAGCUGGGCUUACAGAGAUUCUCUAAAAGCAGAAGAAAACAGAAAAUUGCAAAAGAUGAAGGAUGAACAACAUCAAAAGAGUGAAUUACUGGAACUUAAGCGGCAGCAGCAAGAGCAAGAAAGAGCCAAAAUCCACCAGACUGAACACAGGAGGGUAAAUAAUGCUUUUCUGGACCGACUCCAAGGCAAAAGUCAACCAGGUGGCCUCGAGCAAUCUGGAGGCUGUUGGAAUAUGAAUAGCGGUAACAGCUGGGGUAUAUGAGAAAAUAUUGACUCCUAUCUGGCCUUCAUCAACUGACCUCAAAAAGCCUCAUGAGAUGCUUUUUCUUAAUGUGAUUUUGUUCAGCCUCACUGUUUUUACCUUAAUUUCAACUGCCCACACACUUGACGGUGCAGUCAGGAGUGACUGGCUUCCCCUUGUCCUCAUUUAUGCAUGUUUGGAGGAGCUGAUUCCUGAACUCAUAUUUAAUCUCUACUGCCAGGGAAAUGCUACAUUAUUUUUCUAAUUGGAAGUAUAAUUAGAGUGAUGUUGGUAGGGUAGAAAAAGAGGGAGUCACUUGAUGCUUUCAGGUUAAUCAGAGCUAUGGGUGCUAUAGGCUUGUCUUUCUAAGUGACAUAUUCUUAUCUAAUUCUCAGAUCAGGUUUUGAAAAGCUUUAGGGGUCUUUUUAGAUUUUAAUCCCUACUUUAUGGUAGAAAUAUGUACAAAAAAAGUCUUAUAUUCUUUUACACAAAUUUAUAAAUAAAUUUUGAACUACUUCUGUAUAAA